CAUCAAGUUACUGGCGGUGCAGGACCUGCUGGAGCGGGAGGCUCUUGAUAAGUUCUGUGUGGAGUUAAACCAAGGAACGCUGGCCAGUGUACGGAAGUGGAAAUGGCCACGAGGGCUAUGGAAAUGUGUUGUGUCUGAAAAUCCCACUGGACACUACAGCAAGGGAGUGAGCUACUCUGGCUUUCUGUGGGAUAGUUCGUCUGGUAUUGACCUGCGGGAUGCUGCAGUCCUCGAGUCUCCUGUGGCCAAUGGCAACGGGAAUCAUACCUACCCUCGACUCUACCUGGCUCACUUCUCUGUUGGGUCAUACGAGCUGACAGUGGUGAACGUCCACAUGCAGGCAACAGCCGCAUCAGGAGAGUCCAACGGCAAGAACCACAGCACAGACGAAGCCAAGUGUCCCCGCCUCUCCCCGAGCAUCCAGGAAACACUCAAAGGUGAGAAGGAGUUGGUGGUGCUGGGAGAUUUUGGCUCCCCUCCUCAGAGCUCAGAGCUGGACAUACUGAGAAAGGAGAAGCUCUUUGCCCUGGUACCAUCCACCCAGUUCACCAACAUCAGCACGCGCUCACCACAGGGCACUCGCUGUCUGGACAACAUCUGGCUGAGCCGCUCCCUCAAGAAGAUCUAUUCUGGCCACUGCAUGGUAGUGCGGGAGGGCUUGACCAACCCCUGGAUCCCGGACAACUGGUCGUGGGGCGGUGUGGCGUCCGAUCACUGCCCCGUGGUGGCUGAGUUUUACGCAGACGUAUCCCCUAAAGAGCUGAGCAGGCCUGGUAUGGCAGUGGUGGACAGAGGAGACAUUAUGCCCAAACACGAGCGGUGACAGCAUCCACACUCACAGUAGAGACAGCAGUGGACAACAGCAGACUUUGUCCUGCCUGGAUCUUGGUUAGCUGUGGAGCAGUUUCCUGACGAAUGUGAAGAAGUGCCAAGAUUGCCUUUAGGUUUCAAUCUAUCAAUGUAUAAUACUAACUGGUAAGUCAUAGAGCCAUAAAAAUGUUCAGACAAAAUAUAUAUAAUGUACUUUAAGAAGGAAUGUGCCAAACAUUUUCUAUAUGUAUAUAAAAUAAAGAGAAAUUAAUAGAUGUUC